AAAAGAAACAGACUGAGUUCAGGCUAUUAAAUUACUUGUUUUUUUGUAUUUGUUUAGUUGUUUUUACCGUUUUUGCUCCGCUAUCUGUGAUACUGACAGGACUCCCUCUUACUGUGGACGUGGUCAGUUGACGUCUCCUCUCUUGGAGUGACGGCUGAGCAAACCUAUGAUUUCCCCCCUGAAGCGUUUACUCAUUUUUUUUGCACCGGCCCAUUUUCUGACAAAGUGUAACGUUAACUUUUUUCCUACAUCGUCUCUUGUUUACACGUCCGACAACGGAAGAGCAGAGGACAGUUAGGUUUCAACAUGUCUGUGGCGGGUUUGAAGAAGCAGUUUUAUAAAGCCAGUCAGAUGGUCAGUGAGAAAGUUGGUGGUGCAGAAGGAACCAAACUCGAUGAUGACUUCAGAGACCUGGAACGGAAAGUUGAUGUGACAAGUAAAGCAGUGGCAGAGGUGAUCUCCAAAACAUCGGAGUACCUUCAGCCCAACCCAGCAUCGCGGGCCAAACUGUCCAUGCUGAACACCAUGUCUAAGAUCCGAGGUCAGGUGAAGAACCCGGGCUAUCCUCAAGCUGAAGGGCUGCUAGGAGAGUGUAUGGCCAAGUAUGGACGGGAACUCGGAGAAGACACCAACUUCGGCGCUGCUCUAGUAGAUGUAGGAGAGGCCAUGAAGCGGUUAGCAGAAGUGAAAGACUCCCUAGACAUCGAUGUUAAACAGAACUUUAUUGAUCCACUACAAUGUCUGUGCGACAAGGACCUCAGAGAGAUACAACACCAUCUGAAGAAGCUUGAAGGCCGUCGGCUGGAUUACGACUACAAGAAGAAGCGCCAGGGCAAGAUUCCAGAUGAGGAAGUUCGACAGGCCCUGGAGAAGUUUCAUGAGUCAAAGGAAGUGGCUGAGACCAGCAUGUACAACCUACUGGAGACUGAUAUAGAGCAGGUGAGCCAGCUUUCAUCUCUUGUUGAGUCGCAGCUGCAGUACCACAAACAAGCCGUGCAAGUGCUGGAGGAGCUUUCUGAUAAACUGCGUGACAGAAUGGCUGAAGCUCAGUCUCGACCAAGACGAGAGUACACACCUAAACCUAAACCUAUCUUUGACUUUGGAGAGAACAACCACUCCAAUGGAGGUUACUCAUCCUCAAUGGCGCCUCCUCCUUCGCGGAACUCAGCCCCAGAGCAGCCGAGCUGUAAGGCCCUGUAUGACUUUGAGCCAGAGAAUGAGGGUGAGCUGGGCUUCCUCGAAGGCGACAUUAUCAUCCUGACCAACCAAAUUGAUGAAAACUGGUACGAGGGCAUGCUGAAUGGCCAGUCGGGAUUCUUCCCUCUCAACUAUGUCGAGGUCCUCGUUCCAUUGCCACACUAAAACAAAGAAAGCGUUGAGAGGUCUAAACAUUGUGGUGAAGAAGAUAAGUGAAGAUACGAGACAGGCUCUUUUCACUUUGAGCUUCCUCGUACUCACCAGAAGCGAGCACUUUUUUAAACUCAAAAUCUGGAUAUGAAAUCAAACCAGAAUAUGAACCUUUUCCUCAGAAACGUAAAAACCAUCCAGAGUAGGACUGAGACAAAACAUUUUUAUCAUUCAUCUGACCGUAAAACGAAUUUUCUGGAGACUAACUGUUGACAAAUAUAUGAGUAAUAAAUUUUUCAUCACAAAUAGGUGAUAAAAAAAGAUUUAAUGUUCCCUUAGUAACAAGUGUGGAUUCACAGAUGCUUCUUGGGUUUUUUUGUAACUGCAGUCUAUAUGACUCAGGUAGGUGAUCAAUCUAUCUUUAUUUAGAGUAGCUUUGUUUUAGAUUAAAGACGCAAUCUCAAACCUCAGUGAAUUUCAUGUGAACUUGACUGAAUAUUAUCAUUUCAAAACAGAAAGUAGCGGUGAUUCCAUCAGAGUUCUGCAGUGCAUACCUUGAUGCCACCUUCUGGCAUGACCAAGAAUUACUUUCACCUCCAACAAAUUAAAAUUACACGCAAACAAAUAUUGUUGGUUUGAAAUAACUCUAUUUUUUUACUUCCAAGUGGCUGUUCAGUCAUGAUGGUUUCAGCAGCCAACAGAUCUGACAGUUGUUAGCUUUACUUUCAGUGUUUCCGUUACGUUUCUUUGCACCUUCCGAUGAAAUUAACACCUUACAGACACACUCUACCAUUAUAAACAGACACAGAGGUAAAUGCUGAAGUUGCAGUCUGUUUAAUUAUGGAGACGGAGCCAAAAAGACUGUAAAAUGCAAUAGAAACAUUAUUUGAGUGUAUAUGUUUGGUCCACUAAUGAUCAUAUAACACAGCCAUAAAUUCAUGUCUUUUUGGCCUUUUUAUUGAAGCACGUUCAACUUUUUAUAGCCUUUUUGAGCCCUGUUAUUGGCACAAUUUCAUGCAAUGCAAUGCCUGAAUAGAUGACGCUGCUGGCAGCGAGAUAGUCUUUUAUAUUCACCACUAACUGUCCUGCUUUUGCCGUCUGUCCUCAUGUCUCAGAGAAUGUGAAUCUGAUCAGAGUCUGAACCUGUAAUUCUGUACGUUCACAAUGAAUUGCACUUGAUAGAUGUGUUAUUGUCUUGGGCCGACUGUUCAGGCAGGGCUGGUUUCUUGUUCUGAAUCGUCCAAAUCCACAGGUGGAGUCAUACCCAACAUUCACAGCUCAGUGUGGACGAGGAGGAAUGUUUUUAAAAGGGAAAACAUCGAGGGAAGCAUGAUUUUAAACAGUCAAUUUUGAUCAAUAUGGGUCGCAAUUGUUACCAAAUUUUUACCUUUAAAUUGUAAAGGUUGUCUGUGGAGUUCUAAUUGCGAAUGUCAGUUCUGUGCUUUCUAAUCAUUUACAGUGUUUUUGUGUUUUUAUUUCCCCCUUUUCAUGUGUUGUCCACCUCUCCAUUCUGCCUCCUGAUUCUUCCACCUGUGUGGUCCUAAUCCGAUACGUUUACAUCUCUGACUUCACAUUAUUUGUAUGUAGUUCAAGGCUAAAGGGCAUGAAGGGUGGUGUGAUGAUGGCGUUAUUAGUCAAGAGUCCGACAUGCAUGUUUUAGUGCCUUUUGGAAAAUAAAAGAGGGACUAAGAGCAACCAAAUCUAACCUGUUUACUCAGAAAUUGUAAAUAAUUGUAUUUCUUUUAUUUCUACUCAUUGGCACUUUUGUGUUAUUACAUGAAUGUGUGCAUAUUUCUGCACACUGAUGACACUACAGGCAGUUUCCUGCACAUGUUCAGACUGAUCAAAAAACUCAUCAAAAGAAUCAUGGAAACUGUUUUCUUUCUCUUUUUUUUUAAAGUCACACUUCCUUCUUUUCUUAAAGGGCUAUGUAUUUUUUAACCAGUCGUACAUUCUCCUUAAAACUGCAAUAAAUUGCUCUGAAUCUCUAUAGUGUUAUUUUUUAUAUAAGAGACCUUAAGACAUUACAAAUAAUCUUUGCAUGUAGACCUAUAUUACAUCUUGUACGUAUCAUUGAUAGAAUUAUCUUUUUACUUUUUGUUAUGCAUAUAGAAUUUAACUGCAAUAUUUAGUUUUUUCUAUCACCACAAUAUUAGUAUGUGCUUCCUCCUUAUGUCCUGUUUACCAAGUUCUUACAGAAAAUAAAAGACAAAAAAAGUCAA